AUGUGGUGGUUUACCACUGGCACUGACUACUGUAGCCAAACAUUUAUAUCUGAAAGAGGGAAUGAUCUGAACAGUCGGCACUUUGAAGAUGUAGGACAAAACCUUGGCAAACACUUCCUGCUAAGUAACAACAAUGCAGCCAUGAGCGUCUUUAAGGGAAUGAGAAGAGUGCUUAGGCAAUGCUAUGAUAACCUGCCAGACUAUGACCACAGGUUCUUCUUGCUGUACCUGAGUAUAUUUCCCAGGGGCCAUCAGAUUAAGAGGAAGAGCCUAGUGAGAAGAUUAAAAGCUGAACGGUUGGUCGUCAAUGAAGCAUGUAAAUGUUUCGAUGAGUUCAUUGACCGGUGUAUCAUUAAGCCUGUGCAUAUUUUCAACAAUUCUGUAGUUGUCAAAAGCUGUCAAGUUCACGAUCUUGUGCAGGAGUAUAUCAUUCAAAAGUCAUUUGAUAAAAAUGUGGUCACUUUGAUUCAAGGGCCUGACACCCUGCUUAAAGGAAAUACAGGGGGCCCUGUCUGCCGACUCUCUGUUCAGUCCAGCACCAAAGAAAGAUUUCAUGAACUUGAAGACGGAUCCGCUUCUUUAAGGUCGUUAAGCAUUUUCAAUAGUGAGCCUUUUGAAUUACGGAGCUGCAUGAUGAUGCGAGUCCUUGAUCUUGAAGGUUGCACUGGGAUUGACAAUAGAUUUCUUCGGGGCAUUUGUAAAUUGCUCCUUCUCAGGUAUCUCAGCCUCAGGAAAACCAGCAUCGACGAGCUUCCCCGACAAAUUGAGAAACUUGAAUGUUUGGAGACGCUCGACAUCCGAGACACAAAUGUGAAAAAAUUGCCCAUGAAGAAAAGUGUACUGCACACUCUUUCUGGAUUUGUUGCCAACAUGAGACAUGGUUUGGAACAUGUCAUACUCUUCGCCAGAAAGCUGAAGAAUGUUAAAGUAUGGUGCAACGAUACAACUACUGCUGAUACCCCAAUACGCAUUUCUGUUCCUAAGCAUUCUUCAAACCGUUCACAAAGUAAAAUAAUGUGGUGUACAAAAAGAAUGGAACAUAACCGUCGAAAUGUGGCGAUCUUUGAUUUUAUCAGGAUUCUUGAGACGCGCUCCAAAACUCUAGAGUCUGUUUCCAUGGUUUCUACUGGACUUUGCCAAGACUUCCUGGGCUCUCUUGAGGGACCAUGCAGCAUCAGUUCUAUCAAACUGCAGGGAAAUUUAGACAGACUGACUGCUUCUGACAAGUUAAGUGAGCUUGGUAGAAUUAAGAAGCUGCAACUCUUCUCAACUGGUCUCACGAUCAAGGAACUAUCUGUCUUGAAAUACUUACGUGGCUUGGAAUAUCUGAAGCUGGUAGAGUAUAGUGAUAGAUUUUGCAGUGGCAUUUUCAUUGUGGAGAAAAAGGGAUUCGAAAGCCUAAACAGACUGUGCAUCGAGGCCCCCAUGCUUCCCAGAAUGCAAUUCAAAGAAGGAUCUAUCGAAAGUCUAACGCCCCUUCACUUUCUUUGUCCAAAUUCCAAGAAGCAACCAUCCGAAACCGUUGAGGGCAUCCCACAUCUUGCAAGUCUCGCUGAGGUGAUGCAUAACAGAUCUAUGCAGAAAGAUUGGGAAACAGUAGCCAACGAGAACCCUAACAGGCCGCGUGUGAAGAGGCAAGGGGAAUAA